CAGUGUUGACAAUACUUACAUUUCCUGUUUAGCUCAACAUUGAUCUUCUUGGAAUUUGUAGAGUGACAAAAAUACACAUUAGAUGUCUAUCACUUAACCAUCUAGAUAGAGUAAAAGCAGCCACAGCUAAGACCACAGCGUCGUGUCAGCAUGAACACCCUCGAACACAGGGCCGCCAUAACAGGGGAAAGGUUAGAACCAUUCUAAGCAAAGUAUAAAAUGAGCUUUAAGCCACCAGCAAACACUGACAGAAAUGCGUGUGCUACGUCUGUGCAGAUGCCUGGAUGAGAAGACUAUCUUCUAGGUUGGCCACUCCAUUCAGUUACACAACAGGUUUUACUCAUCUCUCUCUAUGAGCAUCACACCCUUCCUUUUAUAACCUGGCUGAUGCAUUCAUUUCCUGUUUUGUAGUUUAAAGCAAGGUUGCAAGCCACUGAAAACCUAACUUGGGCAGCAUCUUUGUUCAACAAAACAAGGGCAGAGAACACCACAAAACUGCAAACUCGGUUAAACGUCAAGGUAUUAAUGCAUCACUUACAUAAGUUAAUCAGCUAGUUUAAAUAAAGUUUUUGUGUCUCCAUGUCUGAUGUUGAAAUACAUUUUUUUUUUAAAUGGUGCAGAAACUAGGUGAAGUAAAAAAGUGGAAAAUAGUUCUAAACUUCAAUACAAAGUUAAGACAUAGUGUAAAAGGAUAGUUCCCCCAUAAGUGAACUAUGCCUUUAAAUGAAUCCCUUGUGCAAAAAGCUGCAAAUAUGAAAAGCAGAAGAUAAAAAAAAAAACACAUUGCCCAAAGAAGCCACCCUUAUUUUGAAAAUCCAUGACUUGAUAUUUGCUACUUUAAAUCUUCUAAUGUCAAAAAAAGAUUGUUUUCAAAUGCAUUUUUGGUACACAAAGUUUACAAACUUGAAUGUUCUUACUGACCGUAGUAUCAGACAGUUACACCCUUCAGGAGGAUAAAAGCCACGCCUCUGCUGUGCAAUACUUAGCAUUUGUGCUGAGGUCCUUCCUCUUUAUGGUUUGCUAUCUUUCAGUUCCUGCCACACGCAACUUGUUUUUGAACAAGAGAGGCUGUAUCAUACCUUACUGACACAGGUCUCCUCCCGGGUAGUCGUUUCUGGCAGGUUAGAAUCUUCACUCAACAUGGGAGUUAAGAAUCAGAGGAUUAUAAAAAUAAUCUCAAUUUCUGUGAGUAUAACCAUGUGUAUCUUUAUGCUGAACUAUCCAGGACAAAGGACAAAUUGUCCUCACAAGGAAAAGCUGGCCUUGAAUCAUUUUCUAAAGCCAGAUGUUGGAGAACUAAAAGCUUGUUCUGCUAUUAUCCAAGGAGACAUGGAUGGAGUGGAUAAGGAUGCUUUCAGGAAGCUUCUAAAAUCUAAAAAAAGAACAUCUCUGCUAUCAGAGUCAUUCUACCUCAACGCAACCAAGGAUUGUUCAUCCUACGUUCGAGACAGAGGAUUUCUGAUGGUUUCUCUUAGUAAAGAGGAGAAAGAUUUUCCCAUUGCUUACUCCAUGGUGAUCCAUGAGAAGAUCGAGAUGUUUGAAAGGCUCCUGAGAGCCAUUUACACUCCUCACAAUGUGUACUGUGUUCACGUGGACCAGAAGUCUCCUGAGAUCUUUAAAGAAGCAGUAAAAGCCAUCACGUCCUGCCUGACCAACGUGUUUGUGGCCAGCAAACUGGAGAGUGUGAUCUACGCCUCCUGGUCUCGAGUUCAAGCGGACAUCAACUGCAUGAAGGAUCUGCUCAAGUCACCUGUUCAGUGGAGGUAUCUGCUCAACACAUGUGGCACUGAUUUCCCCAUUAAAACCAAUGCAGAAAUGGUCCAGUCUCUAAAACACCUGAAUGGAAAGAAUAGUUUGGAGUCUGAGAUCGUAGGAGGCAAAAACUGGCGUUGGCAGUAUCAUCACAAUGUUACGAAUGUUGUGAAGAAGACAGAUGUCAAAAAGUCACCUCCACCAAUAAGGACCCCCAUGUUUGCAGGAAAUGCUUACUUUGUGGUUUCAAGAGAGUUUGUGGAGCACAUCUUUAAAAGCAAAGAGAUUCAAAACUUCAUGGAAUGGGAGAAAGACACGUACAGUCCAGACGAGCACAUGUGGGCUACAUUACAGCGGAUGCCUUCAGUACCAGGAUCCAAUCCUCCAAACGUCAAAUAUGCGCAAUCGGACAUGAACUCAAUUGCUCGGCUGGUAAAGUGGAGCUACCAUGAAGGAGAUCUAAACAAUGGGGCUCCCUACCCACCAUGCACUGGGACGCACAGAAGGGCAGUGUGUGUCUAUGGAGCUGGAGACUUAAAAUGGAUCGUGCAGCAACACCAUCUUUUGGCAAAUAAGUUUGACCCAGAAGUAGACGACUUAGCAAUCAAAUGCAUGGAAGCCUUUUUAAGGUACAAAGCUCUUUAUGGUCGAUCAUUACUAACAGCUGAAACAUCGGACAUUGUUUUAUGAUGUUUUUAACAACAGGUUCAAAAGCUACCUGUAUAUUUUUGUAAAUAAUGUGUCAGUUUUUUACUGAUAUGAAAUAUAUUGAUAAAUUGAUAAAUGUUUAAUGUUUACAUAAUAUAUUAUGCAGGUCAUAUUUUUAUUAGGAUGUCACAAAUUGUUAAAUAAAGUUAACUCAUUUUAAAAACUAUUAGACUUCAGAGAAGCUCUCUUUUUGGUAUGGAUAAUAUUUCAUAUAAACUAGUAAAAAGAGAUUUACUAAUAACUUUUAAGAAAAAGAACAGAUCGUUGGUCAGUCAGUCUACCAACAAUAGGGAUCUUGAUAAAAACAAAAAUGAUCUGUCAGUGCAUGAUAAUGUGCUCUGACAUAUAACAAAUAAUUAACAUUUAUGUAAAAAUGUAUCACAUAAAUGUUUCUAUAAAUAAAGAAACAAAAUGAUUUUCAUUAAAAUGGAGCAUACACAGAAUGUGUGGUAUGAUCACAGAAAUGACAGUCAACACAGACAGCUUGAAUGUCUGAAAAUUAUUGUUAACAACGAAUGUGACAUAUUGUACCAAGGAUUGGAACUGAAAACCACUGUUAAAAGUGAUACAAUUGGGUGUAAUUUGUGAAAUUUAUUUGUGACUUUACUUCAAGAUAGUAAUCUCAAAGACACCGCAAGUCACUAACAUAAAUACUAUAAUCACAGGAAACAAUGAAAACACAUAAAGCAGUCACUUUUCUUAAAUAUCACCUAGGAAACCACUCAUAGACUCAUAAAGAAACAAUUUUAGUAUUUUCCAUAGACUAAUUAUGUUAACAUUUUAAACUAACCAUGUUUGUAUUUGAAUGUGCACUACUGAUCUGUAAUGUUUGUUAAUGAGUUACGAAAGCAUUUAUGCCAUAUUUUUAAAUAAAAAAAAAUAAAAAAAAUUCUUGACUCAUAUGCAAACAUGAACAUGAAUGUCACUGCAUGCAGUGGGUUACAUUUUGGAAAAGGAAGUUACAGCAGAAAUAUAUUCGGAGAAUCACACUUACAAACAGAGCCAAGAACAUGCAAAGCAUAUGAUAAAAUCACUUCCUGCUCAAACAACAGAACAUCAAAGAUGAAGCUGAACAGCUGUCAUGUACACAACAGUAUGCCACGAGUUGAUGAGCACUGAACCAAACCUGAGUAUAACUACUAUGAUAUUAAAAUUCUACUUGUUAUUGUAAAUGUUAAAUAAAGAGAUCAAAUGUUAAGUUA